AGCCAUAACAAUUCCGACCGUUGCAAAUAUAAAUAAAAAAAUAAAAAAAAUAGUACCCCUAAAAAGAGUAAAAUAUAAACCGCUCCAUCUCUCCCAAGUUCAAAUCGCUGGAAAGAUUCACGCCAUUGAAAAAUCGCCCUUCCAUUCUUCUCUAUUCCUUCUCUCGUUCCUCAACAAAACACAAAUCCUUGAUUUUAAUGGCGAUCGCAGCUGAGACUCAACCUGAAGAUCAACACAAGGCUCCACAGGAAGGCGCGGGUGAGGAGAAAAAGAGGUGGACUCUGAAUGAUUUUGACAUUGGAAAGCCCCUUGGGAGAGGAAAGUUUGGUCACGUCUAUUUAGCUAGGGAGAAGAGGAGCAAUCAUAUUGUGGCACUAAAAGUUCUGUUCAAGACCCAGCUAAAACAAUCCCAGGUUGAGCAUCAACUUCGCCGUGAAGUUGAGAUUCAAAGCCACCUCAGGCAUUCAAAUAUACUGAGACUUUAUGGCUACUUUUAUGAUCAGAAAAGGGUGUAUUUGAUAUUGGAAUAUGCAGCAAAAGGUGAACUCUACAAGGAAUUGCAGAAAUGCAAAUAUUUUAGUGAAAGGCGUGCUGCUACCUAUGUUGCAUCAUUAGCUCGAGCUCUCAUAUACUGCCAUGGAAAACAUGUUAUACACAGAGAUAUCAAACCAGAGAAUCUUUUGGUUGGUGCUCAGGGUGAACUUAAAAUUGCUGAUUUUGGUUGGUCUGUGCACACAUUCAAUCGCAGACGGACUAUGUGUGGAACUCUUGACUACUUGCCUCCUGAGAUGGUGGAGAGUGUUGAGCAUGAUGCAAAUGUUGACAUAUGGAGCCUUGGUGUCCUCUGCUAUGAGUUCCUCUAUGGAGUGCCUCCCUUUGAAGCAAAGGAACACUCAGACACUUACAGAAGAAUAGUUCAAGUUGAUCUGAAAUUCCCUCCCAAGCCCAUUGUCUCCUCAGCUGCAAAGGACUUGAUUAGUCAGAUGCUGGUAAAGGACGGUUCACAGCGUUUGCCAUUGAUCAAGGUGCUUGAGCAUCCGUGGAUCAUCCAAAAUGCCGAUCCGUCCGGAGUGUUUAAGGGUUGAUUGAUUCAUUUCCCCUCCCUUUGUCAUCUUUGGGUCAUCCAAAAUGCUGAUCCAUGUGGUAUUCUUAUUAAGGUUCGAUUGAUCAUCGUCUUUUCAUGGCUGCCAAGUUAUUCAUUUGGUUUCUGGUGUAAACAUAUUUGUCCAUUGGUGAUUUUCAAUGUGGAUUUGAGUGUAGCAAGUUACCAUCAUAUAUAGUUGUCAUUCUUUAUUGCAUGUUGUAUAAAACUAAAUGUGUGUUUUUUUA